UUACUGAAUAAUUGUAUGCAUUGACGUAAACCUCAACUUCCAGGGCUUUCGUAUAUCGUUGGUCUAUAUUGCUGCCGUAGACCAUUCAAUAAUAGGCUACACACUCGGCUACAAUAAAUGUAUGGCAGAAUUAGGCCCACUCUGCUACUACUGUUGAUGUCAAACAAACAGAGCAACCAGACUAGCUGAUCUAUUCGUAAUAAUAAGAGAGGUGAUGCGAAAAGAGCAACCUUCAACCAUGUAUGACCGCUGAUCCACGUUCAUAAAACUUCAGUUGCCAAAAUGGAUGUUGAUCUCAUUCAGCUGAAGCUGGUUGAAAAUUAUAGGUUUCAGAUUUUAUCAUUUAUUGCCUUAGGAAUUGUUUAUGCUCGUGGAGCUUGGAAUGUAUUUGGAGUGCUAUUCCUUGCUGCUGGUGCAGGUCAUACAUGUGACUAUGACAGAGAAAUUGUUACAGUGGAAUCUAAAGAUAGUAAUCAACAUGUGACUACAAUCUUCAAUGCCAGCAGUAAUUUCACAGUGACGACUGUUUCAUGGGGCCUUGAUGGUAAAAAAUCGAAGGACCCCUUGAUCGUACCUAGAGAAUGUGAUGUGAUUGUGGCAGGGGAAAAUGGCACCAACUUAAGUAUGCCUUGUACAUUUGGCUGGGUUUAUCGAAGUGAGUUCGAAUCUACUAUUGUUUCUGAGUGGGAUCUUGUUUGUGUGAGGGCUUACCUCUCAGAGCUGUCCACAACAUUGUAUAUGGUGGGGUCCAUGGUUGGAGCCUUCCUGAUAUCUCCAUUAUCAGACAAGUUUGGUCGGCGUAUUGUUCUGCUGCUUUGUUUGAUGGCUCAAGCUGUGGUGGGUGCCUGUGUAGCACUAUCCCCAAACUAUGCUGUUUUUACCACCCUGAGGUUUAUAGUGGGGUUCUUCAACAUGGGCAUCGCUUUGUGCACUUACGUGAUGAUGACAGAAAUAUUUCCAGCCCAGCACAGGGCAAUCCCAUCUUGUGGCUUCCAAAUUUUCUGGGCAUUUGGUGUUAUGUUGACUGCUCUCUUUGGAUUUGUUGUUCGAGAUUGGCGGCACCUACAGUUGGUGUUCUCUCUGCCCAACAUAUUAUGUGCUGUAUUUGUUUGGAUUAUGCCAGAGUCUCUUCCAUGGCUGAUCUCUCAAAACAAGUUGUCCAAAGCGCAGUCGGUGAUUGCUCGAAUUGCCAGAUUCAACAAUUUGGAUAUCCCUGAUGACUUUUACAUGUAUGAGGCCUCACAGGUCAACUCCACAAAUGAUCAGGAAGACAUUCAGUGUAACUCGCCAUCCUCUCGCUGUGCAGACCAACCCCUCCUGUCUGAAGAACUUUCUCAGCAGGAAGCUGUGGGGCUUUUGUCAGAGGGUUCAAGUCAUGAGCUGAGGGAUCGGGAAGCAGUCGCAGAUAAACAAAACGGGCACGCACAAGCAGGAGAUGACACAAGCCAGACUGGGAGAGUGACCACACCAGAGCGCAUUGUUGAUUCACCCGCCAUAGACCCAGAGGUUCAGAUUAUAGCUGAGUCCACUCCAGGGAAUGCCGGCUUUCAACAAAGCACAAGAAUCAGCCGUACAAGGGAACUGAAGAAUGUCUUCACUCUCUGCACUAGCCCCAGAAUCAGGCUCUACACCAUAAUAAUGUUUUUCCUUUUUUUUGUGAACAGCCUUAGCUAUUUUGGGAUCUCCUUGAGCACACCUGUGUUACAUGGCAACCAAUUCUUCAACCUGUUUUUGCUUGGAGCUGUGGAGAUACCUGCUUACGUGAUCUGUAUUCUUGUUUGUGAACGCGUUGGUCGGAAAGUACCUCUCUGUGUGUUCUUGUUGACAUGUGGGGUCAUGAAUAUAACAGCAAUGAUGAUAUCGGAUGAAGCCUCCUCGGGCAUGAGUGGUGUGAAAAUUGGUUUUGUCAUGCUGGGAAAAUUUGCCAUUACAGGCGCCUACACAACUGUGUAUUUGUACUCUGCUGAGAUCUUCCCAACAUGUAUCAGGAACCAUGCUGUAGGGAUCUCGUCGUGCUUUGAGAACUUUGGAAGCAUAGCUGCACCAUUCAUUGUUUUCUCUGCUAAGUCGCAUCCAGAAUUCCCGAUGAUAUUGUUUGGCAUAGUGUCUGUUAUUGGAGGACUAAUGACCCUCUUCAUGCCAGAGACCCAUAGGCGGCCCCUUCCUCAAACCAUCGAAGAAGUCGAGUCUUGGGGCAUCUGCAAAAGAAGACGCACAGAAUAAAAA